AUGGCAACAGCCGGGCUUUCCCGCGAGGAUCCGCGGUGGCUGGUCGUGGUUUCAGAGCGAGGAGAUGCAGCAGAACCUGACCGAGAACCUGACCGAGAACCUGACAGAGAACCUGACAGAGAACCUGACAGAGAACCUGACAGAGAACCUGACAGAGAACCUGACCGAGAACCUGACCGAGAACCUGACAGAGAACCUGACAGAGAACCUGACAGAGAACCUGACAGAGAACCUGACAGAGAACCUACAGAGAACCUGACAGAGAACCUGACAGAGAACCUGAAAGAGAACCUGACCGAGAACCUGACCGAGAACCUGACAGAGAACCUGACAGAGAACCUGACAGAGAACCUGACCGAGAACCUGACCGAGGAUCUGACCGAGAACCUGACAGAGAACCUGACAGAGAACCUGACCGAGAACCUGACCGAGAACCUGACAGAGAACCUGACCGAGAACCUGACAGAGAACCUGACAGAGAACCCGACAGAGAACCUGACAGAGAACCUGACCGAGAACCUGACCGAGAACCUGACCGAGAACCUGACAGAGAACCUGACAGAGAACCUGACCGAGAACCUGACAGAGAACCUGACAGAGAACCUGACAGAGAACCUGACAGAGAACCUGACAGAGAACCUGACCGAGAACCUGACAGAGAACCUGACAGAGAACCUACAGCUUUCAUAA